AUGAGCCACACACCACUACCCGGCGGGCUUAUCUCAUUCGGCUCCGAUGCCAACUGUACACUCGAAUUAUGUCCCCUCGAGUCGAGCAUACUGCGAUACCAACCAAAUCUUCCCGCCAAUGCCAUCUUCAUCGGAGUAUUCGGGUUGUCCAUGGCUCUCCACAUCUUCCAAGGUAUCAAGAUGAAGACAUGGGGCUUCAUGGCGAGCAUGAUGGCAGGAUGUAUUCUCGAGAUUAUCGGUUACAUCGGACGACUCAUAAUCCACGAUAAUCCAUUCGACUUCAUUGGCUUUCUAUUGCAGAUCAGUAAGUGUUUCUCUGAACCAGACUCAAACAAGGGAUGGAUGGAAAGGGAGAACUUGACUAACUCUGGCCCAGUCAUGAUCACCAUUGCCCCCGUUUUCUUCUCUGCUGCCAUCUAUGUUCUUCUGUCCCAGGUCAUCAACUUUGUCGACCCAAGUGUCUCUCGAUUCUCUCCCAAGUAUUUCUACUGGAUCUUCAUCCCGUCCGACAUUAUCUCCCUCAUCCUCCAAGCCGUCGGUGGUGCAGUCUCUGUUGUUUCCACAGCGCAGGAAGAUGUCAAGACUGGAGAGGACAUCUCCAUCGCUGGUCUCGUCUUCCAAGUCGUCACUUUACUUUGUUUCGUUGCUUUGUUCAUCGACUACGUUUUCAGGGCUUCCAAGUCACCGGCCCGAUAUCGCCUUACCAAGCCCAUCCUCACUUUCCUCUUCUUCCUCUUUCUCUCGACAAUCUUCAUCUUGAUUCGAUGUGGCUACCGAAUUGCCGAGCUCAAUGGAGGAUACUUCAGUGCUAUCUUUCGAGACGAAGGUCUUUACAUCGCUCUUGAAUCUUGCAUGAUGUGCAUUGCUGUUCUUCUUCUGAAUGCGGGCCACCCUGGAUAUGCUUUCAAGGAAACCCCCGAGUUUACCAAGGAAAUGGACCAGAUGGACCAAGACGACAAUACCGUCUUUGGAAAAUAA